UUUUACCUACUUGCCCAUAACACAAAGCUACCACCCCUCCUCUUUAAAACCUACUCACUUCUCUUCUGAUGAACACACCUCAAAUCCUACUACUCAAUCACUAUUCUCGCAGUUUUUGAUCCAUCUCCUCCCUUGUUCUCCCCAGCUUAUUCAAAAAAUGCUUUUAUUAUAAGCGAUUAAUUCGACAGUUUGGGGCUCUUAGAGAAACAGCAUCUUAUAGAAGAGUUGGGGGAGAGAAUACUGCUGCAUUGGAGAAUGAAUGACAAAAAGGGUAGUAAUAGUAGUAAUAAUAUUGAGAUUAACAUUAACAUCCCUUGUUCUGUGACCAAAGCCAAACACCAUGAGAAAUCCAGCAAGGGAGAAAGAGGAGGAGGAGGAGGAGGAGGAGGAGAAGAAGAAGAAGGCUUCCCCUUUAAGGAUUGGGUGUGGAAAGUCUGGAAAUUUGCCAGAGAAGAUAGCAACAGGGUGAAAUUCUCACUGAAAGUGGGGCUGGCAGUGCUUCUUGUCUCUCUGCUCAUACUCUUCCGAGCACCUUAUGAAGUUUUUGGCACCAAUAUCAUUUGGUCCAUCCUCACGGUUGCCAUCAUGUUCGAAUAUACGGUCGGUGCAACAUUUAACAGAGGAUUUAACCGAGCUCUUGGGAGUUUGCUUGCCGGAGUUUUGGCCAUUAGUGUUGCUCAAAUAGCACUAAGCUCUGGACGAGUAGCUGAACCUAUCAUCAUUGGCUUUAGCAUCUUCCUAAUUGGAACCAUUACAUCGUUCAUGAAGUUGUGGCCAUCACUCGUGCCAUAUGAGUAUGGAUUCAGGGUCGUACUUUUCACCUAUUGUUUGAUCGUUGUUUCUGGGUAUCGCUUAUCGAUGGGAAACCCGAUGAGGACAGCAAUGGAUCGACUCUACUCGAUCGCCAUCGGAGGUUUUGUAGCAGUCUUAGUGAAUGUGCUUGUUUGCCCUAUUUGGGCCGGUGAGCAAUUGCACAAGGAGCUAGUCAAUAACUUUAACUCGGUGGCUGACUCACUUGAAGAUUGUGUUAGGAAAUAUCUAGAAGAUGAUGGGUCUGUGCACCCAGAACUCUCCAAAACUGUUAUGGGCGAGUUUCCAGACGAGCCUGCCUAUAGGAAAUGCCGGAGCACAUUGAACUCAUCAGCAAAACUGGAGGCUUUGGCUGUGUCGGCAAAAUGGGAGCCCCCACACGGCAGAUUCAAGCACUUCUUCUAUCCUUGGUCAGAAUAUGUCAAAGUUGCAGCAGUUUUGAGGUAUUGUGCUUACCAGGUCAUGGCACUUCAUGGAGUUCUGCACUCUGAAAUUCAGGCACCCUACAACCUCCGGAUUACAUUCCAAUCGGAGAUCCACGAAGCGACAAGCCAGGCCGCAGAACUGGUAAGGAGUCUAGGGCAAGACAUCAGCGACAUGAAAAGAAGCACCAGAACAUCCCUAAUCAAGAAACUCCACAGCUCAACGGAGCGACUCCAACGCGCCAUUGACGUGCACUCUUACCUCCUCACAUCGCCUUGUGACCCCCCGGAGACGAACGGAUAUUCCAAGCCACUGACCAAGCUCUCUCAGACCCUAUCCAACAACUUCUCCGAUCUCACGAGCCAACUGGCUGAUCUCGACAGUAGCAAUAGCCUUGACAAGAACUCGAACCAAAGCGCUCAGCAGCAGCAGCAGACGGAGCCUAACAAUUACCAUGAGCUAAUGAGGAAGCAGUCGAGGAGGCAGCAUUAUUCAUGGCCGCCUCUACAGGUUGAUGCUUUUGAGGAAGAGGGUUCUUCCGGCGACUUCUUGCCACGGAUGAAGGCGUUGGAAAGCACUGCGGCGUUGUCCCUGGCCAACUUCACUUCCUUGCUGAUAGAGUUUGUGGCCAGGCUUGAUCACUUGGUUGAAGCAGUUGAUGAGCUUUCUAAGUUAGCCAAGUUCUAACUUGACACGGGAGAAGAUUUGUAUACAAAUACACGGGGAAAUGUCCCACUACAUAUACCAGCUUUCAUGAAAAAUAAUCAUGUAAAAAUCGUGUUGCAGUUUCACGAAAAAUGAAAAUCCAGAAAUAAGUUCCUAAUUCUCGGCCGAUUUCCAAAAGAUCAUUUAUAGUACAUCAUUAGCGGGUUUUAUUAUCGCAA